GUCAUCCGAAAUGGGGUGGAUUGCGAGGAGCGUGCUGGUGGUGUGCCUUAUAAAACAUAUCAGUGCAAACUCCAGUCCUGUGAUCUCGAAUAUCAUCGAGCGUUUGAGGGAAGACCUCCCUAUAGGUGCUCAUGCAUUCAAUAUUAUCGCAACGGAUGCUGACAAUGACGUGCUGUCUUAUUCACUCGCUGGGCCCGAUGCUGCCUACUUCAAUGUUAAUCCGGCCACUGGAGAAGUGUUCAUUAAACUCCAGCUAGAUCGUGAGAGGGAGAUGGUCUUGUCGCCCAUAGCAGCUGUUUCUGAUGACUCGUACAUGAGUCAAAAAGAGAUAACGGUGGUAGUCCUGGAUGCCAACGACAACAAGCCCAUAUUUCAAGAAUCUGCCUACAACGUGGCCGUCCCAGAAAAUACUGCUGUAGGAACGCGCCUGUUCACCGUAAGUGCCACAGACGCAGACACCGGGCUCGCUUCUCUUGUGAAAUACAGCAUCGAUGAAGUUAUGCCGGCUGACGGAGUGGGUCUAUUUAGCAUCGCUGAGAGUAAAGGAGAUGUCAUAUUAAGUGGAAAUCUGAACUACACUGCGCUAAGAACUUUUUAUCGGCUGAAGAUUAAUGCAUCCGAUGGUGGGGAGGAAUACAUGGGAGAAAUUGUGGUGCAGUCCAACAUUGCUUUUGCCUUCAUUACCGUUGUGGAUAUCCCAGAUAUUGAUCCUCAGUUUCUUGGUCUUCCUUACACAACCUCAGUUAAAGAAGGUUCUCCUUUGGACACAGUUGUUUUUAGAGUGACGGCCAUAGACCCGGACACGGAAAUCAAUGACGAGAUCAUCUAUAGCAUCCAACCUUCGCCAGGGUCCGCUGUAGAUGGCCUGUUUGCCAUCUCAGGAAAAGAUGGCAUCAUAUCUGUGAAGUCAGCAAUAGAUCGCGAAGUCUUGGAUAAUGAUGUUCUUACCCUGAUUGUCAAGGCUACUGAAGCCCAUCCAAACAUCCAUGGGGCUCUAGCCAGCACCACUGCUGAGGUGCAGAUCACCAUCCUUGACGUAAAUGACAACAAACCCAUAUUUUACAAAUGUGGGGACACCUGUGUGACUGAGAGCAUCUUCUCAGGAGAGAUCGAUGAGCAUUCCUUUGGGACCAUUCCCAUCAACAUGACGGUCAAAGAUAUAGAUAAGGGGGCGCAAAUCAAACUAAUCCUGCAAGGAGCUUACAAGGAGGUGUUUUCUGUGUCACUUGCAUCGUCAACUCCGGAGAACAAUGUGCAGUUUGCUGUCAAAAACCCCCAAAAACUGGACUACGAGGACAAAGCGCUUAUGGUUGUAGAGGUGAUUGCCAUAGAUGGCGAAAUUGACACCUUCCGCUCUACGGCUACUGUUACCAUCAAGGUCAUAGACACUAAUGACAACAGCCCCACAUUCCCAGAAGACGCCUAUAAAGUAGACGUGCCUGAGCAUAGUCCCGCUGGCAAAAUCAUUGCCAGCAUCACUGCAAAAGAUCCCGACACGAUGGAUGAAGGCAAGAUCACCUACAGACUGCUUCCAGACAGCAUACUCAAGUACUUUGACGUGGAGGCAGAUACGGGCAAAGUCUAUGUGAGAAACAGCACUCUGAUCGACCGCGAGGUCAACUCUCUGUAUACGAUGACUCUGCAAGCUCGAGACACCAACAACAACACGGGCACCACAGUGCUGGAGAUCAUGCUGACCGACAUCAACGACCAGCCACCAGUCAUCAACAGGGAGACCUACAUGGUGUUCGUUAGAGAGGGCGAAUACUUCAAACUUCAAAUACAGGCUACCGAUGCAGAUGAUCCACAGACACAAAACAGUCAAAUUGUGUUUGGAAUUAUGCCAAGCAAAUACAGCGAGAACUUCACCAUUGACCCCAACACCGGUGUUUUGAGAAAUAAUGGUCCGCUGGACCGAGAGGUCCUAGACCCGGAUCUGGAAGGGAAAAUUGAGCUCAAUGUAACAGCCACCGACAAGGGUUUUCCUUCCAAGUCCACCAUGGCUACAGUCAUCAUCAGCAUAGAGGACAUCAAUGACAACACUCCAAAAUUUAAAAAAGCAUCUUACAAAUUCUCUGUUAAGGAAGGGGAGAAAGGGGCUUUUGUUGGUUCUGUCGAGGCCGAGGAUUCGGACCAAACCGAAGUCUUCAACCGUAUCUCUUUCAGUAUCGUGGAGGGAAGUUUCGGCAAUUUCAUCAUUCGUACCUACGCAGCGGGAGACGGGGGAUACAGGGGUAACAUCACUGUGGACCCAGAUGUUAAACUGGACUACGAGAGCCUCCACAAGAAGUUCUCGCUGUGGGUGGAGGCGGCAAACCUGGAUAAGGAGAAAGCCUUGGUCUUGGUCGAGAUAGUCGUAUUGGAUGUGAAUGAUGAGAGGCCUGAAUUUAAGCCUACCAAGACCAUAAAGGUGAAGGAGAACACCACCAUUGCCGGACCUAUUGGGAGGUUUACGGCUGAGGACAAGGAUGGAAAUCACUCGUUGGUCUACGAACUGGAGUCCAUGGAGUGCCACUGCAACAGCACCCUAAAACCCUGCAACUGGUUUAUCCUGGAGCCCACAGGGGAGAUCACAGUCAACCCGGAGGUCACAAUAGACUAUGAGCUCUGCGACCAGGCGUUGAUAGAAGCUCAAGUGGUGGACGAGAACACACAGAAGGGAGAGAACAACAGUGUUGCAUCAGGGGAGAUGAUAAUCAAUAUCGAGGACAUCAACGACAACGCUCCAGAAUUCAUUGCGUCGGGCUCUGUGUUUGUUGUGGUGUCAGAGACUGCCAGCAAAGGCACGUCUGUUGCAGGCGUCACCGCCACGGACUGUGACUCUGGGAUAAACGAGCAAAUCGAUUUCGAGGUGAAGGCCGUGCAGUUCCAUGACACCGACAACCGCACAAGCAACAUGGGGACCAUCUUUGAGGCUGUCACCACGCAGCAAAAAGAUGUUUAUGUGGGAAUCAUUCAGCCUCGCGAUAAGCUCGAUACUAGCUUGAAAGGGAAGUAUUUGAUAACUGUGGCUGCGACUGAUGCUGGGGGCCUCUCCACGUCCACCAUGUUGGAGGUUUUCACAGUUGAUGAAUCAUUUAAAAUCCAACUGCGAUUUGCAUCUCCGCUGGAUAAAGUCUUAGAGGAUUACAAUGAUAUUGUUAGGGCACUCACGACUGCUACCAAGGCUGCGGUUCAGGUCGUGGCUACCAGGCCAGACACCGGAGAAUCCAGGAAACCAGGUGACACUAUCAUGGAGGCAUAUUUUGUCUACGCAAAUGGGACGGCCAUUACUUCUGAUGCCGUGGAGAGAAUGCUGUCAGAUCCCGAGCAUUUUGUCAUGCUGAGCCAGUUUGGCCUCACUUACAUUGGGACGGGUGGUGUGGACGUGCCCAAAUCUAACCUUGUCAUAUAUAUCCUGCUGGGUGUAGUGGCUGGUCUCAUCAUCCUCUUGACUGUCCUCAUUGUCUCCUUGGUGUGCACCCGGAGAAGCUACAAGACCAAGAUGAGGGCAGCUAAUGCCAUGAAAAUGGCAACCAUGGUUGGAACCGAGAACCAAAAAAAUGGCCCUGUGGUGCCGGGAACCAACAAAUAUACAAUGGAGGGGGCUAACCCCGUGCUUAACCUCAACAUUGACACCUCCACAGACCUGGGUUUCGAUGAGGAAAGUCCAAAUUCAGACAAAGUCAGCGUUAGUUCUCUGGACUACGACAUUGACAUGACCAUUUCUGAGAGGGAUAGAGCGCCUAUGAUGAUCAUCCAAGAGGAGGAUGAGGAGGAUUUCCAGCCAGGCUACAUUGAGCCCCUGGGGGCAGCACUCGCCCAGCGGGGCAAAAAGCAGGACUCCAGCAACUCUAAGCUAGCAUUCAGUAACCCAGCUUUCAGUACCACAGACCUGUGACGGCCAUGCUGGAAGUGAAAGACACUGACCAGAGGCCUCAGAUGGAAACGCAAAGUGAACUCUCUGAAACCAGAGGGACCUUUUCGCUGCUGGACUUGUCUUUUCUCCACGAAUUUAGAUAAAACAUAUUUUUAUGGGAAAAGCAGUGCAUAGAUGAAAUUUUUGC